AUGCAGAUCCUCUCCUUGUUAGCCGUCGCGGGCUUCUUCACAGCUUCGUCUGCCCAGCUCCCAUCACCACCUGAUCUUAUUCCCUCUCCCUCCUACACUGGGUGCCCCCCAGAUGGCCCUCUUCUCCCUCGCCCAACCGAUCUGGCCAACUCAAAACACAUUAAAGAUGCAGCAAACAACCUCUCCAGCAAGCUAAACUCCGCCAUAAAUGGCGAGAUUAAGGCUGGCUGGAUUGUCGAGAAUGUCUCCUUUUCUCUGGCCUUGGUCUCCCCUUACGGCCCCUCCGGGGUCGAAGAUGAUGUGAAACCUUUCUGGGAAUACCACCACCGGGGAAAGAAUAACGAAAAGGGUGUUUCCAAAAUCGACGGAGAUUCGCAGUACCUGAUCGGUUCGGUAUCGAAGGUAUUCUCGGAUCUGAUGGUGCUCAAGUCCGGUGUCGAUCUGCAAUCGCCCGUUACAAACUUCUUGCCGCAGUUACGAUCAAGCAAGUCCAAGAUUCCGUGGGAGGACAUUACGCUGGAAAUGCUGGUUGAUCAUCUGGCAGGCGUCCCCUCCAAUGUAUUCUACGAAUUUUACUUCCUCAAUUCCUUCCACGAAAGUCUGGGGCUACCGCAUCUUAAUGACUCUGUCUACCCUGACUGUGGGGUUAUCGGGCUUAAUGAUGGCUGUACUAAAGAGCAAUUGAUUCAAAACCUCCUCUCGAAAGAGCAGGUCGUCCCAAUAAACUCGCGGCCUAUCUAUUCCCAGCUCUCGUUUACUCUCUUCACUCUAUGCCUCGAGGCCCACACCGGCAUGAACUACUCCCAGAUGCUAGACGAGACAAUCUAUAAGCCCUUGAACCUUGUCAACUCUGGCGUGUCUCCAGGAAACACAGAGAGAGCAGUCAUUCCUCCAGGAGCUAACGGCUGGGGGACCGACUACGGAUUCAACGCCCCUGGUGGCGGGCUGUACUCCUCUACCAAUGACAUAAGUACGUUCCUCAGCACAGUCCUUAACAAGAGCAUCCUCGACACCCCUGCGGAUGUGCGCCAUUGGCUCAAGCCCCGGUCUACCACCAGCUCCCUCAAUACUCUCGUCGGACGACCAUGGGAGAUUCUCCGCACAAGAGACGUUCUUCCUCCCAAGCACGCCCACAUUGUCGACAUAUAUGGAAAGUCCGGCGGCGCAAUAGGUUACAUGGCGCAAAUUGCCGCCAUAGACCAGUACGGCAUCGGCGUUGCUGUUCUCACAGCUGGCCCCGUGGACUCACUGGAUAUCCUCUACCGCGCUGUUCUAGGGACAUUCCUCCCAGCAGUUGAGGAGGAAGCAAGAUCUCAAGCCCGGCGACUAACUGGAACUUGGACUUCAAACCCUUCAUCGUCGAAAAACGCUUCCAGCACCGAAAAAGUGAAGCUUACACUCGACAUGGACGACGGCACAGGCCUAAAACUCACUUCUUUCACCCGUGGCAACAACUCUAUCAUCGACGCAAUUAAGACCAUUUGGACUGCCGAAUUCCUACCCCUCGGAAUCGGCAUCCUCCCUGAUGAGCUCCGGCUUUACCCUACGGAUCUGGAGACACCCGUUCCAGCCUCAGAGGCUUCUGCACUGAUUGCACGGCACCGUCGCCAUCAACGCAGUCAUGACUAUAAGAAUAGUACCGGCGGCGCACAGCUUGUCCGUCAGGAAUGGCGCAUCAAUUUCGACAUCAUCCCCCUCGGCAGUUCACUCAUGUCUGACCUCCCAGGCCAGAAUACCGCCACGCAAUACUGUGGUUCAUGGCAAACAGUGGACUGGAUGACGUACGGCGGAAUUGGUCUAGAUAAGUUCGUGUUUGUUGUUGACAAGGGGAAUGGGGACAUCAUUGGCGUUGAAGCUCCAGCGUUGAGGAGCGGUUUGUUGACGAGGUAA